CCUGGGCGGGCCGGGCGGGCCCCGCGGUCGCAGGGAGUGUGCGGGCGCAGCCUCCCGCGGGAGAGGCCAGGGCAGGCCCGACGGCGUCCUUUAAAAUGAAACCCUGGCUCCGUUUUCGGGCGGGAUGGCGGCGCCCCGCCAGCCGAGGCAGCCGCGACCCGCUCCCCGCACGCGCGCGCACGCGGAGGACGCCUCGGGCCUCCGCCCGCUGCCCUCCUGCUGGCUCCUUUGCGGUCGCCUAGGCGGCCCGUGGGCCCGGCGCGUGGCCGGCGGCUCCUGCCCGGCCGCCCCUCGGCGGCCCGCGGCGCCUGGGCUCGGGACCGCGGGUGCCCGGCUGGCCCCGGCCGGUGCCCUGGGCCCCUCCUCGCGGUGCUCAGACGCCCCUUCUGGGGUUUUUUUCUUUUCUUUUCUUUUCUUUUUUCAGUACAACCUAGGGACGCGAGUAGUUUGAAGCAGUUCAUCUCAUUGCAGAGAGGUAAAAAAACGUGUCCUUUGGCAAUGCUGACAUUGGAGUCGGACGUACCGUGGGCUCUAGUUCAAGACCUGAAACGUUUUUGUGUUUGUUAUUUUUUUAAACAUUGUAUUUAUUUAUGCAUGAGAAUACACAGAGGAGAGAGAGAGGCAGAGAUCCCUGCAGGGAGCCCGACGUGGGACUCGACCCUGGGUCUCCAGGGUCACGCUCUGGGCCGAAGGUGGCGCUAAACCGCUGAGCCUCCCGGGCUGCCCAUGUUUCUGUUAUUUUAAACUCCGGCGAGUAUAUACUUCUCUUGAAAUGAGGGUGAAAAAGGACUUGCUUUAAAAACCUUAUUGGAAAGAUGAAGCUUUUGAUUGUAAAUACUUGGUUUAUUUUUGUGCCACUUAGAGAAUAUUUGUAUUACGUGAAAGGCUGUUGAUCUCUUUGAUGAAGAUACUGACUGCCUGUUUUGUGGCAUUUUGCACGUUGUUGGGGGGGAAAAUGACAGGUGGAGAGAUGCCAAUAUGUAUUUUGUAAGUUGCUUUUUGAAAAAAAAAAGUAGUACUGCAUGUGGCAUGAUGUCAUUUUUGUUUUUUUUUUUAAAUUUUUUUUUAAAUUCUUUUUUUUUUAAUUUUUUAAUUUAUUUAUUUAUGAUAGUCACACAGAGAGAGAGAGAGGCAGAGACAUAGGCAGAGGGAGAAGCAGGCUCCAUGCACCGGGAGCCUGACGUGGGAUUCGAUCCCGGGUCUCCAGGAUCGCGCCCUGGGCCAAAGGCAGGCGCCAAACCGCUGCGCCACCCAGGGAUCCCUGAUGUCAUUUUUGUAAAUGUGAAAUAUAUAUGGAUACCUUAGCAUAGGAAACUGUCUAGUUGUCUAUCAAAAUGUUAGCAGUGGUUUUUCUGCGUGAAUAGAUUCGAGGUGAUUAAAUUACUUUCUAACCUCUUUCCUAAUUUUCCUGCAGUGACAUGUAUUCUAUGUGUAAUUUAUUAUAUGUGCUGCCAAAGCGAGGACUUAUAUGUGGAAUUUAUUAAGUGGGGAAAAGGAGGUGAAUGAUUAGGUCCAUGAGAUUCAGAAUCUUCCCCAUGAGAGGAAGACCAGUGAGCAAAUGUUCAUAUGACACCUUUUAGUAAAAAGCCAAACUUCUUCAUCAGGGCAGCUAUGUAUACAAAAAGCACGUAAGAAUGUGUGCUGAAAUGAACGAUAGUAUUUCUGGUCUUGAGUAGGCAUGUUAGCAUUCAUGCUAAAAGGAAGUCUGAUAAAUAUUUGGAUAUUGUUCAGCCUCACGUCGUAGUCCGAGCUUCCCUGAUCAAGGUGAUCCUGUUCCUCUCAUCUGACAGUCUGAAUCCAGGCCAGCUUGCAAUGUUAAUUCUAAUGCCAUACUUGCUUUCCUUUCCUUACUUUUUCAUUCUUCGAGUUGGAAAGAAUUUAAAGUGUAUUCUGAAAUAGCAAGAGGUUACCUUAAUGUUUGGCUGACAGUUUUCAUUGUUCUCCCUGAUAGUUUUAGAACAUUUAAAACAUGAAGUGUAGUGCUCUGGGCUGUAUAAAUUCUAGAGGUGUGCAGAAGAGGUAUUAGGAAUAAGUCUUGAAGUUUUAGUUUAUUAUAUAAUAAGAAAAUUUUUAUUCUUUUAAUGCACUUGAUUGGGAAGGGUUCAAGGAAUGCUAUUUGUGUUCAGGUGAGCCUUUAUAUAGAGAGAGACUAUUUCUAUAAAUCCACUGUUGUUGGUUUCUUUGGGUGAUUCCCUUCCCUUUCUCCCAAUUGGUGGUGGAAUAAGAACUGGAAGAUGUAACUUGCUGGUAAUAGUGAUUAGCAAUGAAAAUUACACAGAGUUGUUUGAAACUCGAGUCAGAAGACAGGCUUUUUCAGUUCUGUUCUGCUGCUUAGUUGACUGGACUUUCACUGAAUCUGCUUCCUCAUCAGUGAAAUUGGAGUGAGUUUGAUAGUAGCCCCUCAAUGUACCUCACAGGAUUGUUGUGAAGAUCAAAUAAAAUAAGAGGAAAAUGCCCAAUAAACUAAAAAGCACUAUCUUAUUACUGCAUGAUCACAUCACCUACAGUGCUAAUUAAUAUAGCCAGAACUUAGUGAAGUAGCAAAAACAGUGUGUGCACCUGAAGUUCCUUACCAUUAAAAACAAGAUGAGCUCAGUAAUGACACCGAGUUAUACCUGCCAUGUAUAUUACUUUGACAGUAAGAAAAGCAGCAUAUAAUGCUAGUGGAGAAAACAGGUUUCUUUUUCUGACAUCCCUUACUUGCCCACUUCUGUGAAAGAACACUACUAGCCUGAAAUGGAAGAGGAGAUGCUGAUUCUGACACUAAGUUGUUACUUGAAUUGGAGUAAUCUCUUUAUCUCCCUUUUUGUUUCCAAAGUAUAUGCUUUAAAAAUAGAUCUUUAUUCAAUUCUAACCCUACCACUUAUUAAGAAUUGCCUUGACUUAAUUUUACUAUGCCUCAGUUUCCUCAUCCGUAAAAGGCAUUUUUCUACCAUCUGUGAAAACUUCCUUGUAAUUCAUUUCUCCUCCCUACAGUAUUAAGAAUUAUACCAUAUUGAAAAGAUAUGAAUGAAUAUCCUAAAAAAAGAAAAAGGAAGACAUUACACCCUUCUCGUUACUCAGAUUCCUCUGGAAUAAGCAGGAUUGCAGAUGGAUUCAAUGGAAUUUUUUCUGAUCAUUGUUAUAGUGUUUGUUCUAUGAGACAACCAGACUUAAAAUAUUUUGACAACAAAGAUGAUGAUUCUGAUGCAGAAACAUCAAAUGACUUGCCAAAAUUUACAGAUGGGAUCAAGGCCAGAAGUAGAAAUCAGAACUACCUGGUUCCCAGCCCUGUACUUAGAAUUCUAGACCACACUGCCUUUUCUACAGAAAAAUCUGCUGAUAUUGAAAUUUGUGAUGAAGAGUGUGACUCACCUGAGUCAGUCAACCAACAAGCUCAAGAGGAGAGUCCUAUAGAAGUUCACACUGCUGAAGAUGUUCCAAUUGCUGCAGAAGUGCAUGCAAUUUCUGAAGAUUAUGAUCUAGAGACCGAAAACAAUUCCUCGGAGAGUCUCCAAGACCAAACUGAUGAAGAGCCACCAGCUAAACUUUGCAAAAUUCUAGAUAAGAGCCAGGCUUUGAAUGUGACUGCCCAACAGAAAUGGCCUUUACUGAGAGCUAAUAGCAGUGGCCUCUAUAAGUGUGAACUUUGUGAGUUCAACAGCAAAUAUUUUUCUGAUUUAAAGCAGCAUCUGAUCCUGAAGCAUAAGCGUACUGAUUCAAAUGUGUGUCGAGUAUGCAAGGAGAGUUUUUCUACUAACAUGCUUUUGAUCGAACAUGCCAAACUGCAUGAAGAGGAUCCCUACAUUUGUAAAUACUGUGAUUAUAAAACAGUAAUUUUUGAGAACCUCAGCCAGCACAUUGCAGACACCCAUUUUAGUGACCACCUCUACUGGUGUGAGCAGUGUGAUGUACAGUUCUCAUCAAGCAGUGAACUCUACCUACAUUUCCAGGAGCACAGCUGUGACGAACAGUACUUGUGUCAGUUUUGUGAACAUGAAACGAAUGAUCCGGAAGACUUGCAUAGCCAUGUGGUAAAUGAACAUGCAUGUAAAUUAAUUGAGUUAAGUGAUAAGUAUAACAAUGGAGCACAUGGACAGUACAGCCUGUUAAGCAAAAUUACCUUUGACAAAUGUAAAAACUUCUUUGUGUGUCAAGUAUGUGGUUUUCGGAGUAGACUUCAUACAAAUGUUAACAGGCAUGUUGCUAUUGAACAUACUAAAAUUUUUCCUCAUGUUUGUGAUGACUGUGGGAAAGGCUUUUCAAGUAUGCUAGAAUAUUGCAAACAUUUAAAUUCACAUUUAUCUGAAGGGAUUUAUUUAUGUCAAUACUGUGAAUAUUCAACAGGACAAAUUGAAGAUCUUAAAAUUCAUCUGGAUUUCAAGCAUUCAGCUGACUUACCUCAUAAAUGUAGUGACUGCUUGAUGAGGUUUGGAAAUGAGAGGGAAUUAAUAAGUCACCUUCCAGUCCAUGAGACAACUUGAUUAUUUUCUUUAACUGCCACAAUGUUAAUGUAAAAUAAUAAAAUUUUUUGGAUAUGUUAAAUGGAUGAUUUUGAACACAAAUCAUGAGAAUUGCUUUUAACAAGAUUUUUUUAAUUGUCCAAUUUUCUUGGCAUUGCUACAUUUUUUUCAGUAUACAAGGGUAUGUGAAUGUGGUAUUUUCAGUGUAUGGUAGUUUUAACCAGUCUUGUUGUCUGUUGUCUUGUUUCUUACAUAAGCUUUGAUUUCAAGAAUUGAUGGAAAACAUGUACUAAAGAAACUAGACUAUAUUUUUCCUUCCAUAACCAUGGGUGCUAUUAACUUUUUUAAACUCAAGACAAACUCAGUUUUUCACGUAUGAAUCCAUUACUGCGCGAUCAACAUACCAUACAACAUAUGGUAAAUGCAACAUACCAUACAAUUAAGUCCUCUGAUAUUCCUAUUAAUAAGAACCCAGACGCUCCUCUUGAUAUUCCCCAUCAGGAAUUACCCCUAAAACAGUGGACUCUCCACCUGCAUAAUUCUUUUAAUAACACUAGGAGGCAAGUGUUAUAGUAGGAAGGGAAGAUCCAGUUUUCUUGGCAGUCUUUUUUUUUUUUUUUAUGUUUUUAAUUCUCAUUUUAGCCCCUAUCUACAAAUUAAAUGAUUUAAGAUGGGAAUGAGGAGGAACACGUAAGGGGUUAGACAAUAAAAAGUAAAAUUUCAUAACCUUUUCACAAUUCAUUUUCAGUUAUGCAAAGUGAGCCCAAACUGCUGAUGUCAAAUCAUUUAUUGACUGAGAAAACCUACUAUUAAUAUAGCAUUAGGAAGAUAUGGGAGAUAAAAUGUUCUAGCUUUUCUUUGUCUAGUUGAUGGCUGUCUUCAUUCACAUUCACUCUGUAUGCAAGUCUAACUCCCCUUUUUAUAAGGUCACCACUCAUACUGGAUUAGGGCUAAUCCAAUGACCAUAUUUUAACCUAGUAAAGACCCUGUCCCCAACUAUGGUCAUAUUUGGAGGUACUGGGGCUCAGGACUUCAACGUAUAUGGAUUGGGGGAUAGGAGAAACAGACAUAAUCACAAUUCAAUAGUAGCUUCUUAAAAUAUCACAAAGAUACGAUUUUGUCUAUCGUACUCUAAUAAACACUGCUGCUAACAGUAUUGUUCAGGAAUACUGAUUUAGUUGAAGAGAUCCAUUUACAACCUAUGGUUUCCCCACUCCCAGAACCAUGGAAAUUUAGUCUAUUUUGAAAAUGGUGACAGCAACAAGUUUUUUCCGAUCAUUUUUAGCUCUACUAUUGUCAUAUGUGCAUAAUUUUAUUCCUAGAAACUCAUCUGAUUGGAACAUUCCAGAUAGAGCUACCUGAUAGAAAUGUUUCUGUGGAGACUUAGAGUGGUUUAAUCUGGAAGAGAACCUUAGAAAUCAACUGGUCUAAACAUUCUAGUCCGCUAAAGUUUCUUGUAGAAAUAGGCCAAGGUCACAAAACCAGUUGUAGCAGACAGGAGUGGAAUCUAAGUUAUUUGGCUUCCAGUCUAAUAAUGUUUCCAUUUCAUCAUGUUACAUUAAAAUCUAAGCUUUA